CAAUCAAUUCAAAUAGAUUCUCUGCAAUGAAGUACCCGAGUUGGUGCGCUUUCUGCUUCCUGGCUGUUCGUCUCUGUCCCGUGGAGUCGCUAAGUCUGGUGGAACAAUUGGAGGCCAUCUAUGAGAAGGCAGACACGCUGCUUUCCAGCUUGAAAGAAGAACUGCAACAGCACACAAACAGAUCCCAGAAGACCAUCAAGCUGCUUCCCACAUCCUGCCUGACAGCAGCAAUCGAUAGAAAUGGUUUGUACACCCUAGAGGUCCCGGCACUGGAGCCCUUUCCCGUCUUUUGCGAGACUCAAUUGGCAGGACCUGGCUGGACUGUGAUUCAGCGACGCACCAACGGGAGCCUCAACUUCUUUCGAAACUGGGAGGAGUAUAAGCAGGGCUUCGGAGACCUAGAGGGGGAGUUCUUUCUGGGACUGGAGAAGGUGCGCGCCCUGACUGCCCUCGAACCCUUUGAGCUGUACGUGCACCUGGAGGACUUUGAUGGCGAGCGGAGGCACGCGAGAUUCGACGAGUUUGCCCUCGGCAGCGAGGAGGAUGCGUAUGCGAUGAAUGCUCUGGGCAGAUACACAGGCACUGCCGGCGACUCCCUUCGAUCCCACCGCAAGAUGAAGUUCUCCACCUACGAUCGGGACAACGAUCGGGAGUUCACCAAGAACUGUGCCUUCUACUAUCUGGGAGGAUGGUGGUACAAUGCCUGCCUGGAUAGCAAUCUAAAUGGCCAGUAUAUCCAGGGCGGCAAGUACGAGGAGAAAAUGUUCGCCCGAGGCAUGUGCUGGCGCUCGUGGCGUGGCCACAACUACGGCUAUAAGGUUACCCAAAUGAUGAUAAGACCAAAGUGCCGAAAUAUUCCAAAGUCAUGACUCACGCGUGAGACAGCGAAGGAGAAGAAGGAGGAGGAGAUUCUCAAUGAAUAAAAUAUUUUACUUUUAUUAUG